AUGGAUCAACAACCUGAAGACUACAGCCAAGACAACACUGGAGUGGCUUUUGAACCUCAGAGCAGAGACGACUUUUUAAAAUACUUCUGUCCCGUCACACUGGACAUCAACACGGCAAACACACUCCUCUGUCUGUCUGAAGGGAAUAAGAAGGUGACACGUGAGGGGACAGAGACUGAAUAUCCUGAUCAUCCUGACAGAUUUGAUCACUGGCCUCAAGUUCUGUGCAGAGAGGCUCUGACUGGGACUCGCUGUUACUGGGAGGUGGAGUGCAGUGGAGACGUCAUGAUGGUUGGAGUCGCAUAUAAAGGACUGAGCAGGAAAGGAGAGGGAGGGGAGUGCGGCCUUGGAUACAACGACAAGUCCUGGUGUUUGUGGUGGUCUCAUUCCCAGUACUGUGUGUGGCACAAUAACCAGCAGACUGUAAUCAGCGCCCCCUACAGCCCCACAAUAGGUGUGUAUCUGGACUGGCCUGCUGGCUCUCUGUCAUUUUAUAGCGUCUCACACACAAUGACCCUCCUGCACAGGUUCAACACCUCCUUCACUGAGCCCCUCUAUCCAGGGUUUGGGCUUUAUUUAAACUCCAGUCAGUCGUCCAUUAUGGCCUCCUUCCUGGUUAUGCACACUUCAACCUCUGUCACCAGCCAGACCUGCAUUCUCUCAUUCAUCGACAUCCACAACGUUCACCUCCAUCAGUAG